AGUGUGCUAUGAAUUUAUCUAGCAAACAUAACCUUAAAAUCACAUAAACUUUACCACAUGGAGUUUUUUAAAUUAUUACUUAGAAUAGAUCAUAAGUUUAUUUAAUUUAUAGAAAGAAAUAUGGGUAGAAAAGCAAGGUUUAAUAAAGAAGGGGAAGUCGUCAAGAAAGGGCCAGGAAGGAAAGCUAAAAAACAAAAGGAUCCAUCAUUUUUAAUUCCUAUUCCAGGUAAAGAAACAAGUCCAGAUAAGAAACUAAGUCGUCAUCAAAAGUUGAGAGCAAAGAAAAGACAGCAAAAAGUUCAGGAAAGACAGCAGAAACAAAAAUUAAAGCAACAAUCUGUAAAAUUAACAAAUGGAAACAAUGCUGUUGAUGAAUCGUCUGAAGAAUCUGAUGAUGAUGAGUUUCCUCUUAGACCCAGUACUUCUGGAUUUUCAGAUGAAAAUAAACUAUGGUUAAAACCCAAGAAAAGAAAACACGAAGAAUCUGAUGUGGAAGAAGAAGAGGAAAGUGAUGAUGCUUCAGAGAAUGAUGAGGAAGAGUCUAAUGAAGAACAAGAUGAAGAAUCUGAAGUUGAAGGUGAAGAUGAAUCAGAAGCUGAAGACGAAGAUCAAUCGGAAGUAGAAGAUGAGGAUGCUUCAGAGAAUGAAGAUGAGGAUAGUCUUAAGGUUCAGAAAUUAAGUGAAUUUGUUGACGAUGACUCUGAUGAAAAUGAUGAAUUUUCUGAUGAAACAGAUGAUGAUAAUAACGACGAUGAUAUGCUGCCUAUUGAAAAGCAGAGCAAAAAAUUAAGAAAGAAACAGGAAAAGGAAGAUAAAUUAGCAGAGGAAGAAUUACAGAUGAACAUAGCAGAUCAAGAAAAAUUCAUUUUUCCUUUUAUGGAAGCCGAAAAAGAAGUUAAAAGCUUACAAGAUGUCCAGCAACGCAUUAGGGAAGUAAUAACAGUACUAUCUAAUUUUAAAACUCUUCGAGAUGGCGUACAUUCUCGUGCAGAAUAUCUAGACAUCCUUAAGGAUGAUUUAUGUGUAUACUACAGUUAUAAUGACUUCCUAAUGGAAAAAUUAAUGCAGAUAUUUCCUUUAUCGGAACUUUUGGAGUUUCUAGAAGCUAGCGAAGUACAGAGACCUCUAACUAUAAGAACCAACAGUCUGAAAACGCGACGCCGAGAUUUAGCUCAAGCAUUGAUCAAUAGGGGGGUAAAUUUGGAUCCUGUUGGAAAAUGGAGCAAAGUUGGUAUUGUGGUGUACUCCUCCCAAGUUCCUAUGGGUGCUACACCAGAAUAUUUAGCUGGGCAUUAUAUUAUUCAGGGUGCUUCCAGUAUGUUACCCGUUAUGGCCUUGGCUCCUCAAGAAAACGAACGGAUCCUGGACAUGUCUGCUGCACCAGGUGGUAAAGCAUCUCAUAUUUCGGCUAUUAUGAAAAAUACUGGUAUCCUGUUCGCUAACGACUUAAAUAAAGAUAGGAUUAAAGCAGUAGUUGGUAAUUUUCACAGAAUGGGAGUAGUGAAUUCAGUCAUUACUUGUAUGGAUGGAAGAAAAUAUCCUAGUUAUAUGAAAGGGUUUGAUAGGGUCCUUUUAGAUGCACCUUGUACAGGUACUGGCGUGGUCGCAAAAGAUCAAAGCGUAAAAACCAGCAAGGAUGAGGUAGACAUUCAGAGGUGCUAUAAUCUUCAACGACAAUUACUUUUAGCAGCCAUAGAUUGUGUCAGUGCGAAAUCGUCCACAGGUGGUUAUAUAGUCUACUCAACGUGUUCCAUCCUCCCGGAAGAAAAUGAAUGGGUGGUCGACUUCGCUUUAAAGAAACGUAACGUUAAGCUUGUUGAAACUGGUCUAGAUUUCGGUACAGAUGGUUUUGUUAAUUACAGGCAGCAUCGUUUCCAUCCUACCCUUAAACUUACCAAACGGUUUUAUCCGCAUACUCAUAACAUGGACGGGUUCUUCGUAGCUAAGCUUAAGAAGUUCUCUGAUGUGAUUCCGAAGUCUGAUACAACAGAAGAAGGAGAAGAUGAAAUGAGUAUUGUAGAGCCUGAAGAAGAGAAGGAGGAAGACAAGAUUGAAGAGCCACAACCACCUAGAAAGAAAACUAAAAUUGACAAAAACUUACCGAAGACUAAAAAUAAAGAUCAGAAAAAGAAACAAGGUGGUACUAAAGAAGGUAAGAAGGAAAUCAAAAAAGUAAAAGUUAAAGAUAGGGAACAAGUAGAAGAAAUAAGGACAAACAAAAAUAUAACGACUGCGAACUCACAAAGUAAUAAGAAAAAUAAAGAUAAACUUAAGAAUAAAAACAAACAACAGCCAGAAAGCUCUAAUGGAAAAGUUUCUAAAAAGCAAAAUUCAGAGAAAAAGAAACUUAAGCAGAAAACUGAAAACCAGUCGAACUCCAAUUCCGCAACAAACAAAAAUAUUCAGUCGAAUAUUGCACAUAAAAAGAAAAAGAAAAAAAAUUCAGAAAGUUCAGAAGAUAGCAAACAAGUACAAAAGUCCAAGAAAAUAGACUGGAUGGACGUUCCUGUGCAAGCAGCAAGUCAACUUCAAAAGAAAAUGAAGAAGAAUAAACAGAAGAAGCAAAUCGGCGAGUUAAAAAAGUCCAAAAAACAAAGAAAUAGCGGAAAUUUUAAUAAAAAGAAAAUGAAAAAGAGAUAGAUAUUGUGACGUGAUUGCAUUUUUUAUAUAUUAUAUAUUUUUGUGUUACUUUAAGCAUUAAUAAAUAAAUAUUACGAUCAUUGAUGUUAUAUUUCUAAUAAAAACUUCAAAAUUGUG